UCGCGCUUGCAUUGUUCCCAGUGCAAGCGCAGUGUUACGUCGUGGCCAAACAUCGACCAGAGCCACGAUGAAAAUUUCAAUCAUCCUCACACUGCUUGCAGUGGUUGGUGCCCUGGCCUCCCCUCAAAGGCCUCUGAAGCGUUUCUUCCCCCGUCGAGGGCAGAAUGAGGUUGCACCUCCUGUGGCCGACGCCCCUGAAAACGACAUAGUCGAAGAACCCGAAACCCCGAAGUUCCGCAUAGGCGGACAACCGAGAGAAAGCCUCAUUUCCGAAACUGAGAAUGAAGCAGCUCCUGAAGAAGAGCAACCAGCGGCUCCUCGGAUUCGCCGUCCAUCAAGUUCGUCUUUCAUUCCCCGCAAAAAUUUAGCUCCAGUGCCAGAUUUUAGCGAAACGUCUGAAGGAAGCCCGUCAGAAGCUGUUGACGGACCGUCUACUCGACCUUCAUCCAAUCGACUGACCCAAUCUCAGCCCUCAAAUGCGGCAUCUCGAACAAGAGGUUCCACAACGUUCAUCCAAUCUCUUAAGCAAGGUACCAUCCCAAUAGAGCCGUCUCAGAUUGAAGAGCUUGAAAGAUUACAAGCUUCGGGAGGUCGGCUACCAAGCAGAACCCCAUCGAGAGCUCCUCCUGCCUCUCGCCCCGUGAGUCGAGUUGCUUCUCGUCGUCCUGCCAGCCAACAUGGUGUAGCCCCACAACCACAAGUUGCUGCAGUCGAGCCUCAAGCUCUAGUGGAGCAAACUGCAAGGAUUUCUGAAGGGGAUGAUGACAAAUCAUCUCGUCGUCAACGUCUCCUACAGCUCAAGCGUCGACCUCGUGUUGGACCAGGUUCUGCCACUGGCGAAACUCAUGAGCCUGUGCUUGAAGCUCGUGAACUUGCUGAAGAUAUCCCAGAGAAAAUGGUAAAGCCUGAAUCUGAGCAGCCCAGUGACGAUCAAAUGCUCCGCCAAGUUCAAGAAACUCAUGCUGACCUGCAUAUAGUAGGUCUAAGGCUUGAUGAGCAAGAAACUAAAACUCUGGAUGAAACUUUAAAAAGUGAAACACCAAUGAAGCUGGAAGAAAUGACCAAAGAAACCAUGCACGAUGUGAAGGAGACUUUAAAAACAGCCGAAGACUCCCUCCCUUCUCUUGACGCCCCUGAAGCAGCUGCACCUGAAGAACCUCUUCCCGUGACCAUCACCACAGCGGCUCCUAAGCGAAAAGUAGCGACCCUGACGCGGCUCCGAAAUUCCCGCCCCGCAGCGUCUUCGGAGGCUGGCACACGCUCUACACCUCGCUCUAGAAUACCCGCGACUCCCACGGUUACCAGACCAUCCGGACCUGGUAGUUCAAGAACACCCGGGACAGGGAGCACCACCUCUACCCCACCUGCCCGGCUCAGCAACCGUCGAGGAGGUCGUGGCAACUCACGUGGAGGGGCGGCCGUCGCUGCAGCUGCCAGGACACCGAGCACAGGAACUGCCGACAGCUCACGCACCAGAGGCCUCAGCUCCAGAGGACGCACCGCUCCUGAAGAAGUUCCCGCUGAAGUUCCCGCUGAGGAGGAGCCCGCAAGCGCCCCACUCGUCCGUCGGAGAAGACAGUUCCCGUCUCUCUCAGCACGACUGGCUCGAAGAGCUCAGCCAGCCAUUGCCACCUCCGCACGUCAUAACGCUCCUCGAGAUCCUGAGCGAAGUCCUGCUAGGAUUCCCACGUUGCGUGCUGAUAAUAUUCCUGUAGAUAGGAAGAUAGCACGGAAGAAGAACAUUAGGACAUUAGUGCAGAGGUUGCGAGAUCGGCAAAAUCAAGAAACGAGUAAAGAUGCUGUAGCUGAAAGUGAUUCCAAGCACGAUUCUGUGGAUGCUGUACAGUCUGAAAAGGAAGUUACUGAAAAUGUUACUCCGAAAGUAGUCGAAGAACAUUCGACUCUUCAAAAGCCAGUCGAUGCCCCUGAUACUGAUACAAACGUAAAUACUGAACUUUUGACGAGUCAAAAUAAUGCUAAGACAACUCCAGCUCAAGGUCGCACGAUAAAAAGGCCAGCUAUUCGAAAAAGAUUUAGAACGAAGAUAUUCAAGGCUGGUCAGCCCAUACAGGGUUCUGCUACCUCCGAAUCUGAACUCACUUCAACACCACCAAAGACCUCUACCACAACGAUCAUCUCAACGACCAGCACAUCAACUGAAACUACCAACGAAUCCAGUGCAACUCCUGAUCAUUCUACAACCUCCAUAAAAACCUCUGAACCUUUCACAACGACCCCAACAUCUUCUCCUACUAAAACCACAACAUCGCCUUCACUCACCACUACAUUGGCACCAACCACCACAUCUGCAUCAACCACUACAUCUACAAUGACCACUGCCAUUGAAACCACUCCAGCACCUGCCACAGCUACUUCGGCCACUCCAGCACCUACCACAGUUACUACGACCACUCCA